AUGAUGGAAAUAAUGUUCAAUAGAACUAGAAUCGAAGGUUAAAGAUUCAAGUCUAAAAGUUACCAUAAAACAUAAUCAUUGAGGAAAAAUAGUAAUACUAGACUAACUUUAACUUGCUUUUCUGAAGGAUAUAUUCUUGAAAAUGUUGAAGGAAAACUAUAAAUUGGAGUUGAGAUUUAUGAAUCUUUUAUAACUCACUUAAAUAAUGUUGAUGAUACCUAUCAAUCCUAAAUUUGGGUACUUGGUCUUUUAGAAUGCAAUUCAAAUGAGAUCAUUUUGAGAGUAAUUGCAAUAGUAAUCAAAGGAUCAGUAAUAACAAUUUACCUAUAAUAUUGA